UUAAAUUUAAGUGUGUGCAGCGGCGAAGGGCACAGUUCGCUUUGGAUUUACAGCAUGUCUAAGCCUUUCAGAGCACGAGCUGUGUUUGGAUCUACUCACACUGACAUGAUAUUACCAAACCAUCGAUGUCUUUUUGGUUUGAGUGUUUUUUGAAAGUGCAGGACGGAUUUGUGACACACUGGAGUUUUCCGAUGCGCUUCAGGGGGACCAACCAUUCAGUCACCCACACGCGGACCCCGAUCCUGAGCGCGUGUCCUCGCGUGGCCUGAGCGAAAUAUAAACAGCUAGCGUGUGUGUGUGUGUGUGCGUGUAUGUGUCUUUAGAAACAGUUUAAUCAACCUGCAGCUGGUGUGUGGAGAGCAAAUGGACAUAAGGCGUCCACAUCGCUGCGCGCACACAUUCCUGUGAUGUGGAUCUGUAUGGCCGCAGACUUUCCACCGACUGCACACAAUUUGAGGAGUUAAAGUUUAUUUUUUAUUGUGUAUUUUCUUCAACGACUUCAUGACAGAGUCAAUGAUGACUGAGAACAAUGAGAUGGAGAGCGACUCUCAGCUCCAGCGCUCUCCAAGCUCCAUGUCCAUCCAACCGAUGUCAUCCAAGCUGCAGAGACUAAAACGCUCGCUGUCGUUCAAGACCAUCAUGCGCAGCAAAAGCGUGGAGAACUUCUUCCAGAGGUCCUACAGCGACGCCCGCCUACCCGCAGACUUCAUCACCGACCCGCCGCCUCCUUCUCCCCCUCUGCUGCCGGGCUCUCCUCUCGUCGGCGACCGAUCUCCGUCCAACUCGCCGUCUCUCAGCCCAAAUCUAUCCAUCUCCUCCCAUUCCCCCUCUCUCAGCCUUUCUCCGUCACUUCCCAUCAAGCCCCUCCGACCUCAGAUCACCCACUGUUUCCAGGACCAUGUCUUUCGCAAGCCCACCAACUGCCAACACUGCAAGCACAUGAUAGUGGGAAACUCCAAACAGGCUCUGCGGUGUAAAACAUGCAAGAUGGCUGCUCACCUGUGGUGCACCUCAGAACUAUCGCAGCAGUUCUGCCACGGGAAGUCUGGGGCGUUCAAGCGAAACUUCAGCUCACCGAUGCUCGUCAACGACCAAUUGUCCGUCGUAAAGGAAGUUCAACCGAGCCAAGAGGCUGCACGGAUGCGUGUAGACCCUGUGUAUGCCGCCUUGCGCUACGGGACGUCCUUGGCACAGAUGAGCCGCUCCAGUUUUGGCAGUUUGUCAGAGUCGCCAACACGCAGCCUGGGGGAGGGAGGUGAGGAGAUGCAGCAGAGACAGUGCAGCAUGGAGGAAGAGAUAACCCAAGAGACAGGGGAUGACCAAGUCGCCGAUGCGGAGCUUGAGAAGGAGGAAGAUGAGAGCGGCGGCCAAGUUCAGCCUCCUCUAGAAGCUCAGACACCUGCAGAAGCUCAAACUCCUGCUGAGGAAAGCAGCGUGAUGGUGCCCAAGCGCAUUGAAGUUCACUCCCUCCACACCUAUGUAGCGCUCUACAAGUUUCUGCCUCAGGAACAGAAUGACCUGGAACUUCAGCCCGGUGAUCGCGUGCAGGUCACUGACGACUCUAACGAGGAGUGGUGGAAGGGAAAAAGUGGCGACAAAGUCGGCUUCUUUCCUGCCAACUUCGUGCAGAGGAUCAGGCCGGGAGAGAGAGUGUGGCGGGUCAUCCAGGGUCUUCCCGGGAACCGAGAGAGAGGACACAUGGCCGUGAAGGAAUCCCAGAUCUGUGUGGGAAAGCGGGAUGACGGCGAGGAGUUUCUGAAGCUGAGCAGCGGGAAGAAGAGAGGGCUGGUCCCGGCUGAAUCCAUAGAGGAGAUCUGAGGCGCACAUCAACAUCUUUCCACUUGCCCUCUGGGAGAAACCCAUCUUCAGACUGUCCCCGCCACCCCUCCUUCCCCCUGCCCCUGAGAAACAGACGCAGACUCUCCAACCGGUCCUGACUGACUUAAACCAAACACAGGAUGAAAAACACACACUUGUGCAAAGAGCUGGAACCGCAGCCGCUCAUGAGCACGUGGUUUCCAGUUUGAUUGAUUUACUGUCUUUAAUAGAGUGUACAGUUAUGCAGUAGUCCUUCUCUAAGAAAAUGAACUGUUUCUAAGCAGUCUAGUUCUAUCUUUCCAGUACAGAAAUCAGUGUUUAGUUAGACAAAAGGGUGCACAAGUAAAAAAAAUAAAUAAAUGAAAUGCUUUAAAUAUGCUUGCCAGAUGCUGGUUCACAUUUUGUUUUUCCCCAUCAAAAAGAUGUCUGCCAACGUGGGAGGAGGCUGAGUCCUGUCAUGGGAACAUGAUGCUUCUGUCACUGUCCUUUCUUCUUUCUACCCACUCCGUAUGUCUCAUCCCUAUCUACUCAUGUCAGGGUCCCUGGCCCAGGGACUGAUAUCAGCUUCUUGUAGACUGGUACACAACAUUAAGCACUUGCCAAGGACAACCACUGCCAGCCAGAGAAAACUGCUGCCAUUCAGACGGAGAGGAGAAUCAGAUGAAAGGAGUAAUCACGAUCCGAAAAUCCUCAGUGUCAGGCUGAGUUAAAGCUGCACUAGCUGAGUCGAGGGUGCAGAAAUGAGAGGAUUCUCAAAGGACAAUUGAAAGCCUCUGUGGAUCUUUUUGGAAACUUUUUUUUUCACUGACUUCUUUCACGUAAAAUAACAAUGAAAGAAUGGUGCAAAGAAAUGCGUCAGCGUAUUGAUAUAGAGCAUAAAUCAGCACUGUGCUCCGCUGAAAGGUCAGAUCAACAAAUGUUGCAAAAUAAGCCUUUCAACCAUCUACAAGACAUAAACUUCCAUGAAUUUCUUGAACAUUUCUCUAGCCUUUUUCUUUUCAAUUAUCCAUUUUUGUGCAAAGUAUGUUGCUGUGAUUGUCUGUGAGUCUUACUGUUUUAAACAAAGAUGAUGCAGGAGGAAUCAAAAAGAGGAGAGAUGAAACUUCUCUCUAAGAAAAACAGGAAGGGUUGGUUGUCGUCCCUUGUUUGGUUUGUGAGCACCGAGCAAGACCUUCCAAGUGUAGCAGUGGCUGUUGCUGUGUUUCUGUUUUUACAAAAAGGAGCUUGACGGGCAUGAAAGAGUUUGUACGUGCAGAGACCCACUGAGGAGCUGCAGGGAGUGUUGCAAAUGUUGCACAGCAUUAUGACAUGACUUCACUGGAGCUGGAACAGUGGUGAAUAAAACCUCGGGCAGCAAGCGUGCCAGAAAAAACAACACAAUGGGGAUAUUUCCGACCGUGACAAGUAGUCUAAGUUUCCCUGACAGCUUGGAGGAGGAACGCAGGAGAACCGAGGAAGGAGGAGGUGCACUUAGAGGAGUGACAUCAUUGUUGAGCCAUUAUGAGUCAGUGUGUGCAUGCAGGUAGUGUUGUGGCCAUGGGUGCACCAGUCAUCAUUGAUCAAAUGUCAGCCUGUCAUCUCCAUCUUCUGCUCUCUGCUUGGCCUCUCUUUAUUGAUGCGGCUGUUCAGCUAUGGCAUAAAGUGAAAGUGUUUCUUUCUUUCUUUCUUUCUCUCUUGCACUGUACUUUGAUGCUUUAAACUUCCUCUGUUUCAUCAAUGUCUUGUGUAACACAUUUGACGCAUUUCUUUCGAAGGACACCUUGUUCUAGAGAGAGGAUACACGCUCAUGGGAAAAUCUGUAGGUUUUAAGCACAGAAUGCAAGAGUGGAUCGAUGGCAAUGGCAAAUGAUGAAAUAAUUUAACUUGUAAGUCUUCUUUCAGAGUGCACAGAUUCAGCUAAUGUGGUCAUUCUUUAGCCAACAUUUCAAUUUUUAGGAGAGAAAUAAGCUUGUCUUCUUGUAAAAGCGAGAAUUAUCACUUUAUUUUGUGUCAUCGGGAUAAGUUGUCCUUUUUGUUGAGGUAUUUCCUUCAUAGUGAUCAACUAUAAUUUAUGGGCUUAAAUUUGUCUCAUUAAUACCUGCACUGCAAAAAAGCCAACUUGUAUUUUUUGGCCUAAAACAGUGAAUUUAGUUGGUUUAACUUGGAAAUAUAAAUUAUUGAUAUUUAGGGCAAUAAUGUAAGUUAGCACAACAAAGGAAGCCAGUUGUCUGCUCAAAAACAAGUUGGUGAGUUGUUGUUACUUAUAUGUUUAAGUUGGGGUUCACAACAAGGGACAAUAGUUCUGCUAACUCUUAUUUCUUUGUUGUGAAAUGCAGGAAAGCGGUGAAAUUCGGUCACCAGUGAAAGCUAGCGGCUAACUGAUGCUAGCGGCGCUGCUUGUUACAGCUACAAGAGUAGCCAUUAGCGUAUCAAUGCUAACUCAAAAUUAUGGUCGCAACAUUAGCUGACAUUUAAUAGCAGAAGUAAGGAUUAAAAGUUAUUACAAUGUAAAUUAUAAGUUAGUACAACUUACAGUUGAGUUGACAAAAUGCUGAAUUCAGAGUUGAGCAAACUCAAAAACAAAACUUAAAAUAUUUAGUUUAAUUGUCCAACUUAAGAUUUUAUCGAAGUUUGUUGCCUUGAAAUUUUGAUUUCACCCAACUUUUCUUUUUUUGCAGUGUGUGUGAUCUACAAAUAGUCCUUGAUUUGCACGUGUUUUGCUAUCCACAAAUACAAAUUUCUAAUUUGUAACUUGUACUUUGGUUUUAACAAAUAUGUGUGUAAUUGUAAAUAUAUUGUGUAUUUGUAAAUACACAAUUUUCCAUUUGUAAAAACAAAAAAGCCAUCUGUAAAACUGAAAAUUCUGCCGGCACGGAAACGCACCAGCCCAACUGAAAUUAAUUGAAAAAGGUCGCCGGCGUCUCUGUCUGAACUGUCUUUUGGAGCAGGCCAUGUUGUCAUAACUCAGUCAGUACGUCUACAUGCACAGCUUACUUGAGCUAUGCUCAAAAUGUCUCUUUCCUCUCGGCUCUGGUGCGCUGGCCGUGCAGGGUAAUUAAACGUGCGGGCCAUUUGUGAAUCAUGAGCUGUUUGUUUGUGGAUGUGUGUGGAUCUCGACAAGAAUGUCUCAAAAAUAUGUAAUUGAGGAAAGAGAUGCGUGUGUGAUUGGCGUUCCACAAAUGCUAUAUCACACUUCACCAG